GGCUGCAGGAGGGAGGGAGGGGUGUGACUUCCAGGCAAGCGUCCACAGCUCCGGAGUUUUCAGAUCAGUAAAAGAUGAGGAGCUGCUCUCUCCCACCAAGCGGUGAAGAAGGACCUCCAAAUCAUCGCCAAAUCUAGGAAUUAACGGAGAAUGGACUACUCAGCAGUGAAAUGUAUGUCUUCCGGUGUUGGUUUAACUUUGAUGUGAAGUGCGAGCGUCCAGCGAUGAACACAUUGGACACUGGACUCCCUGCUCAAGUCUGACCUCCAGUGUCAGCAGCCGGUGUUUCCAAGAUGAUCAGCCCUCAGAUAUACCUCCACUACAACUACACGGGAAAGCUGGACCACCGGCCCAACGUUGGCAUGAGCUCCGGCACCGUGGACACUAAAACCAUCGUGUUCCUCAUCAUAUGCAGCUUCAUCGUCCUGGAGAACCUCACCGUGCUGGUGGCCAUAUGGAGGAACCACCGCUUUCACAACCGAAUGUACUUCUUCAUCGCCAACCUGGCACUGUGCGACAUGCUGGCCGGGGUCGCCUACCUGGUCAACCUGCUCCUGUCGGGAGAGAAGACCCUGCAGCUGUCUCCUGCUCUCUGGUUUGUCAGGGAGGGCAGCAUGUUCGUGGCACUUGGUGCCUCCAUUUUCAGCCUCCUGGCGAUUGCAAUAGAGAGACACCUGACCAUGAUCAAAAUGAGGCCUUAUGACGCCAACAAGAACUACAGAGUGUUUCUCCUCAUAGGGGCCUGCUGGCUCAUUGCGAUAUCUCUUGGAGCUUUGCCUAUCCUGGGCUGGAACUGCCUGGACAACCUCCCUGAUUGCUCCACAGUCCUCCCUCUCUAUUCCAAGAAAUAUGUAGCUUUCUGCAUCACCGUGUUCAUGGUUUUGCUCUUAGCCAUGUCAGUCCUUUAUGCCCGCAUCUACAUACUGGUUAAGUCCAGCAGCAGAAAGGUGAGCAAGCACAGCAACUCUGAGCACGCCAUGUCCCUCCUGCGCACUGUCAUCAUCGUAGUCGGGGUCUUCAUCGCUUGCUGGACGCCCAUCUUCGUCCUGCUCCUGGUGGACGUGGCGUGCGAGCAGCGCUGCGACAUCCUCUACAAGGCCGACUGGUUCAUCGCCGUGGCCGUGCUCAACUCCGCCAUGAACCCGGUCAUCUACACUCUGGCCAGUCGUGAGAUGAGACGGGCCUUCCUGGGUCUGGUUUGCGGCGUUUGCUACAGGGGGAAGGUUUCUGUCAACGGCAGCGGGAACAAGCAGUCUCUGGAGCCCAGCCGCAGCCGGAGCAAGUCGUGGGGCAGCCAGAACAUCCCCAACCAGAACCAGCAGAGCUCCAGGCAGGCGGAGAAGGGAGAAGAGGUGGACGGUGGCCAUGGAGAGGUGGCGGUGGUGGCUGGAGCAAGCAGAGGUGCUGCUGAGGCUGUCCUGGAGGGUGACAGGAAAGACUGAAAGAAGGGAGCAAGGAAUCUGCAGAGUGGUGGUGUGUUUACUGCUUGGUGGAGAACAUCGGUGACAAAAAGAGUUUUGCUCCAAUUAGAAUGAAGGAUUUCCUGAAUGAAGGAUAGAUUCAGACAUUUGCUGCAGGGCAGUAGUCUCUCCUUUGUGCUUGAUAAUGACAUAUAUGCAUCUUCUAUAAUUGAGAAGUUAAUUCAUAUGCUCACACUUAAAACAGAUUAAUAAAUGAGGCCAACAAGUAAGUUCUGCCUCUUUGUCAAGUCAGUUGUCGAGUGAGCGCUAAGUAUCUCCAAAUCUGCUCAUUUUACAGUUAACUCGGCAACCUUUUAUCUGAAAAAUGCACUCUCACAAACCUAAAACAGGGCAGCUCAUGGAAAACUCACAUUUUUGGAGGGUCGGAACAAUGAUUUGCACAAAUGAAUGGUGCUCUUACCCUUGACAGAAAAGACAUGUGCCUCCAUGGUUACAUUUGUGACCAUCCAAGACAAAUAGAAACUGAAAAUUCACCUGUAAUCAAUGAAAGUGCAAUUAUAGUACUGCAAAAAUAAUGUAACGAAGAAUGAUUGUAGACAAAACAUUAUUGUAAUGAGAUACAGCUGGAGGUAUUUAUUAUUAUUCUGUGUAUUCUGUCAUUUUGUAUUUACCCAUUAAUGCUACAGUAUGCUGUGCAGUUACUGUAAUCUGCAUUGUACAUUGUAUACUUGAGGUCAGAGUCACAAACAUGCUCAAACUGCUACGUUUUUGUUAUAUUAGUAGCAUCUUGUUCAAAAUGAAAGAACUGCAUUUGUUACGCAGUAAAAGAAAAUGCAACUGAUGCGUAAUUCAGCAGCAGUAGUUGUAGUGAUACCAGGUCUCCAUCUGCUGGUUUGUAUUCAGUACUGCUGCAUGUUCAGUUCACAGUGGCUUCACUCGUCCUGUGUGUAAAGUUUCUAUCAACCGUAAAAGCAUGAAGUUGGUAAACUGAGUCUUGAAACAAGUCUUGAGAGGCAUGUGUAUGCAGCAUGUGAAACAUAAACUGAAUACAGAUGCAAAACUAUGAGCUUUGGCACAAUAAAGUAAAAACAGUAAAACUA